AUGAAAUCAAAUCAAGACUAUACUAGUGUCUAUCUUGAAUCAAUUGAUACAGAACAUGACUCUCGCAGUUCUUUGGAGCCAAUCAUCCCACCGACAUCUGCAAAAAUCAAACCUGCAAAUUACUCUUCUGCAACUUCAUCUUACUCGACAGAAGUAAAUGCACAACAAAUUGAAUACAGCAAUAGCCAAAAAGAGGACGGCAGAGAGGAGGAGGAGGAGGAGGAGGAGGUUAAACCAACAAGGAUGGAGCGGUUCAAAGUGUUUCUCAGCUAUGCAAGGCCAAUGUUCAUCAUGCUCUUUUUCGAUGUGGGGUUACCAUUGGCUGUGUAUUAUAUAUUAAAAAUCUGGCUCAGUGUCUUGAUUGCCCUGAUUUUGUCUGGUAUCCCACCCUUAUUGCGUGUCUUGUAUGUGUUCUGGAAGAGAAGACAUAUUGAUAUCUUGGGUUGCAUAUUUGUGUUUUCUUUUAUUCUAUCUGCUGUUCUUUCGAUCAUUAGUGGCGAUGUACGACUGACCUUAUUGCGUGAUUCCACUGUAACUGCUGUCAUCAGUUUCAUGUUCUUUGUCACCCUGAUUCCUCUCAAAACAAGAUGGUUUACAAUUCGACCCAUGAUCUUUUUGUUCUCUCAACAAAUGAUGGCUGAACAACCACCCAUAGAAUGGGUAGACAAGCAUGGUGAACAUCACUCUGUGGAAAGAAUGGAAUUCUUGUGGCAAAUUGUCCCGUUUUAUCGUCGAUACUGCUAUAUUUUGAAUGUUCUUUGGGGUUUCGUGCUUAUGGGUGAAUUCCUGGCCAAGGUGAUCAUGAUUGAAAGCUCCCUGGACAUUGAUCAUAUCAUUUUGUAUGGCAACAUCAUAUUGAUCAGUGUCAUGGUUUCCAUGACAACUGGUACUCUGAUCACCUCUCGCUUUGUGAGAAAGAGAUGUGUAGCAGAUUGCAAGAUAUGGCUCAAGGAAAACAACUAUGCCAGUAUAUUACCCCAAUAA